AUGCAGCACCAUAUCGUUUUCAGGUACCAACCGGCCCCACCUCCAGACAGCUCUCAUACGAGACUCCCGCCCAAGAAGGAAGUCUGGAUAACGUAUCCGAUAAUAUCCCAUUGCGUCCUGCACCUAGCUCCCAUCGGCCACCCUCAAGCUUCCCACAUUCGUUUACGAUGUCGCGACUUCACAUUCUUCAUGUUCCACUUCCCCGACGACAAGGUCGCUCGCGAUGUAUACGAGAGCAUACGAUCCCUUUCAUGCAAGCUCGGCCGGCUGGACAAGCUACUGGCAUUCGCCUACCAGCCUAAGCCUCCCGAAGACAAGUUCAAUGGGUGGGAAAUAUACGAUGCCCGUAGGGAGUACAAGCGUCUAGGCAUCAGUCCCAAGGACUCGGACAAAGGCUGGAGAAUUUCGGAGAUCAACAAAAACUACGAAUUCUCCCAGACGUACCCCUCCGUCCUCGUUGUCCCCUCUAAGAUUUCGGAUAACGUCCUUAACUACGCAGGCCGCUUUCGCUCCCGCCAACGGAUACCGGUGCUUGUUUACCGCCACCCGAUAAAUAACUGUUCCAUAACGAGAAGCUCGCAGCCGCAACCGGGGCUUCGGGGGAAUCGCAAUCCACAGGAUGAGAGUCUUGUUGCUGCCAUUUUCGACACCAACAGCGGAUGGAGGACCAUGCAAAGGGCGACGGCGGUAGCACCUUGCACACCCCCUAAGCUAAGUUCCGAAGGCAGCACGAUAGACGUUGCCGAUCGAGAUGAUGGAUCCUACCCUUCGGCCGUGCUCGAGCCUGAAACUGGGGACUCCAGCCUUACAGGCUCGGAAGAACAUCUUGGUGCAUCUAUAGAAGCGGCCGACCGCCCUAAAAUAUAUGGGGCCCAGCAGCGGAACCUUAUUGUCGACGCGCGGCCAACGGUGAAUGCGAUGGUAAUGCAAGCUGUUGGUCAGGGCUCCGAGAAGAUGGAAUACUAUCCGAAUGCUGAGAAGGCAUAUCUUGGAAUCGACAAUAUCCAUGUCAUGCGGAGAUCUCUCAACGCUGUAGUGGAAGCACUGAAGGACUCUGAUUUCCUGGAAUACAAGCCGGCCGCGAAAGCGCUGCAAAGCAGUGGCUGGCUUAAGCACAUUGACAACAUUCUCAAAGGAACAGAUUUGAUUGCACGUAGGGUGGGUAUCAUGCAUUCACAUGUCUUGAUACAUUGCUCGGAUGGCUGGGACCGAACCAGCCAGCUCAGUGCGCUCAGUCAGAUCUGUCUGGAUCCAUACUACCGCACCUUGGAGGGUUUCAUCGUCUUGGUGGAGAAGGACUGGUUGUCAUUCGGCCACAUGUUCCGCCAUCGGUCCGGAUUCUUGGGCAGCGAUAAAUGGUUCGAGAUUGAGAAUGACCGCGUCGAGAGAAAAGCAGAUGCGUCUGGUGGUGGUGGGAACGCUUUCGAGAACGCUCUCCGGGGUGCCCGAGGUCUCUUCAACCGCCAGAAUGGGUCCACCGAGGCUUUGGCACGGCAACAAGAACUGGGUCCCGCUGAGUUGCAACCUGUAUCGGAUAGUAUGCUCCCAACUGAGCCAAGUUACAGACCCUCUCCGACCACAAUUGGUGCCGCAGAAGAACAUCGGGUCACCAAGGUCAACGAGCUGUCGCCCGUCUUUCACCAGUUCCUCGACGCUGUCUACCAACUAGCAUACCAGUAUCCCACGCGCUUUGAGUUCAACGAACGAUUCCUCAGACGUCUGUUGUACCACCUCUAUUCCUGUCAGUAUGGCACAUUUCUGUUCGAUAGCGAGAAGGAGCGCGUCGAAGCGAGGGCGGCACAACGGACACGAAGCGUUUGGGAUUACUUCCUCUGCCGGAAACAGGAGUUUCUGAAUGAAAAGUACGACCCCGUUGUAGACGACAGUAUCCGUGGAAAAGAACGCAUGAUCUUCCCGCAGAGGGGCAAAGUCAGGUGGUGGGCUGAAGUGUUCGGUAGAGCCGACGAAGACAUGAACGGCCCAACGCAGACGGCUUCCCUCAUGGCACAGGUGACCACGUUGGACGAUGAAUAUAAUGGCGGACGGACGCCUAUGCGGUCGGGGACCACCACGCCUCAGCCGUAUUCCGAGCAGAUCGUUACCGGGAAGGAAUCCGCAGAAGGUGCCACUGGAGCAGGGACGACGGUACACCCUUCAAGUAAUGUCUUACCAACAGCGAGCGAGUGGAGUCAGACGCUGGGAUCAAACAUUAGCAGAGGAUUGACAGCCGGCAUCGAGAGGCUGGGUAUCCAGAGCACCAAUCGAGGCGUGGGGGGCGAUAGGAGAACCAGCAGGCCUAGGAGUCCUGCCGCGGAAGCCCCGGAUGAGAUGGGGGUGGAGAUGCAGUAG